AUGAGCAACAGCAACGGCGAUAUGUUUGACCUCACCGGGCGUGUGGCGCUGGUGACGGGCGGCAACGGCGGACUGGGACUGGGCAUGGCGCUGGGACUGGCAAAUGCCGGGGCGGACAUUGCCAUCGCCGCCAGGAACGCGGACAAGAACGCCGCGGCAGUGUCCGCCAUCGAAGCCACUGGGCGCCGGGCCUUCGCAAUUCCAACGGACGUAACCAGCGAUUCGGACAUCGACGACAUGGCGUCGCGCGCAAUCGCGCAUUUCGGCCACGUGGACAUCCUGAUCAACAAUGCCGGAGCCACCGUGCGCAAGGCUCCAGAAGACACCACAGCCGCCGAGUGGGACAACGUGCUGGACGUCAACCUGCGGGCGGCCUUCCUUUCGUGUCGCGCGAUCCACCCGCAUUUCAAAGCUCAAGGCGGGGGCAAGAUCAUCAGCAUCGGCAGCAUGUUCAGCAUCUUCGGCGGUGGUGGAAGCGGGGUGCCAUACUCGUCAAGCAAGGGCGGCAUCGUGCAAUUGGCAAAGAGCUUUGCGGUGGCAUGGGCCGGCGACAACAUUCAGUCCAAUGCGAUACUGCCGGGCUGGUUCAUGACCGAGUUGACACAAGCGAUACCGGAGUCACAGCCCGAGCGGUACGAUCUGAUCAACAAACGCAUUCCGAUGGGACGCUGGGGGACGCCAACGAGCUUCAGGGCGCGGCGGUAUUCCUGGCCAGUAGCGCGUCGGACUACGUGA